AUGGCUUCAUUCGGAGGUCCCAUCACUCGCGACAACACCGGCACCGUUCGCCGUCGUGAAAUCACCUUGACGACACGCGAAAAGCAGUUGUAUGGUCAACUCUGGGCUGCCGCCGAUACUGACCAGAGCGGUUUUAUUACUGGUGCAGACGCAGUGCCCUUCUUUGCAAAGUCGGGUCUCUCUCCUCAAAUACUUGGACAGAUUUGGGUAUUGGCUGACACCGACAACAAGGGAGUCCUUGGCCAACAGGGAUUCAGUGUUGCCGUCAAGUUGAUUGCUCACGCCCAGAACGGCAAGACCCCGUCGAUCGCCCUUAUUAACGCAGACGCCCCUCUCCCUCACUUUGAUGGAGUUACCCCUGCCAAGACGGACUCCCCUCUCUCUGGAUCGACUCCCGUUGUAUCACACUCAACAGGAUCGGAUCCUACAAUCUCAGAGAGCGACAGGACUAAAUAUGCCAACAUGUUUAUGGCAGUCGGACCUGUUGGUGGACUGCUGGAUGGCGACAAGGCUCGUGAGGUCUUUUUAAAGUCCAAGCUUCCCGUUGACAAGCUGAGUCAGAUUUGGGGUCUUGCUGACACCAAGUUACGAGGAUCUCUGGACCUUACCGACUUUACGAUCGCCAUGUUCUACAUUCAGCGGACCAUGGACGGAUCUAUCAGCACACUCCCAACAACCCUUCCUCCAUCAGUGCUGAAGGCGGCUGCAGGAUCUGCUGCCGGCGUAGGAUUAAUGUCAUCCCCUGUUUUGAGUGCCCAGACCCUUGCACGACAGGUCACCGGCGGAAGCUUGGGCAUUCAGAACCCUGCCGUUACGCGUCAGAUGACUGGAUCCAUGAGCUUGAGCUCCAGUCCUCUUGCCAAGCAGAACACGGGCGGACUUUCCGCUGACUCUAUUCCAUGGGAAAUCACCCCCGACGAAAAGGCCAAGUUCGAUCGUUUCUUUGACCAAUUGGAUGCAAAUGGCGAUGGCUUUAUCGAAGGAGAGGAGGCGGGCAGAUUCUUCAUGAACUCGAGAUUGCCUGAAUCCGUUUUGGCACAGAUCUGGGAUCUCUCCGAUAUUACCAAGACUGGUAGUUUGAAUAAGGACGAGUUUGCAGUUGCAAUGUUGCUGAUCAACAGGAAGAACGCCUCAAACGCCCCCAUUCCCAAGACCUUGCCUUUGUCCUUGGUCCCUCCUUCGCUCCGCAACCGCGUCACCGCCUCCCUUUCCGCUCCUUUGCCUUUUGGCUCAGAUAUUACACGCGGUACAACGAUGCCUGUGGCUUCGCAGCAUUUCCGCCGUCAGUCGUUUGAUUUGCUUGGCGAUGGCCCUACAUUGGCCUCGUCUGUCAGCAGUAGUGGACUUGGACAUGCGGACAAGGACUUGAUGGGUGCAGAGGACUUGACGAGCAAGAUUACCUCUGAAACUGGCGAGUUGGCCUCGAUGCAAAACCAGAUCAACAACUUGAGUAACGUUACCGGAGAUUUGGCUAACAAGCGCGCGUUCCUGGAGAAGAACUUGUCGGUGUUGUCGGCCCAAAAGCAGGAUAUCAGUAUUCGUCUCAACCAGAUUAAAACCCUGCACGAGAACGAGACAAAGUCGAUAAAGGACAUGGAGAACACUCUGUCCUCGAUCCAGCCACAGCUGAUCAAGUUGCGAGAGGAAUUUGAGGUCUCUGAGCGCGAACUCCGCGUUGCUCAGACCAACAAGACUGAGUUUUUGAUGACGUUGGCCAAGGACCAGGAGGAGAGCAAUAUGAUCAGGGCUCGCUUGCGCCAGAAUCACGAUGAGACUAUCAAGCUGAGAGAAGAACUGGAGGCCAAAAAGAAGGACACUGGUCGUCAGAAGAGUCUUCUCGAGAUUGCUCGUCGCCAGCUGGCCACCAGUGAUGCAGACAAGCAAAAGCUGGUCAAUGAGAUUGCCCAGGAGUCUGAAAAGGCUGCCCAUAUUGCCAGGGACAUUCAGGCCUUGAGCUCAUCAUCGCCAGCACCUUCUUCACCAGCACACUCAGUAUCGUCGUCAAGUGCUGCACCUCCACCCCCUGCUCCCCGUGGAUCUAGAAAGGAGCCCCCACCACCUCCUGCCAGUCGCGGUACUGCCUCACCAUUUGCUUCUCGUGUCACCCCUGAGGCCGAGGAAGCCUUUGGUAUCCCACCAGCGCUUCGCAGCCCUACUGGCAGCUUCCACAGUGUCCACUCUCCUCGCAUGAGCGCAGCCGCUGUCAUUAGCCGUCAGUCGACUGGCUCUACUCCCUUUGAGUCAGUUCCAAGACAGGCCACUGGUUCUUCGCCCAUUAACGCCAUCUCUCGUCAGGGUACCGGUAUGAGCGGCACGGCAGCCUCCAUCACCAGCACUGGUGAGACCAACACCACCAGUUCCGCGUUCUUGUCGUCCAUCACCGCUGGCGCUGGUCCUCAGGAUAACCCUUGGUCUCCUAUGACCCAUGCUGCCCACGCUAUGGUGACUCAGCAGGCAGAGGUGACUCAGUCUCCUGAUCCCGAGACCCCUCAGGUCCAGUCAGAGUCACUGACGGCCUUUGCAGCAGCAGCUAGCCAGCCUCUUCCUACUUCCCCUCCCGUCUCGGACCCAUUUGCUGCAAUGGCCUUCCCCGCCAUGGACACGCCUCCAGUGACCAAGAUGGACUUUGAUUCAGCUUUUAACGGCUUCUCUGCUCCUAAGCCUUCGUCCAAGAGCACUGUCGAUCCAGUGGAGCCGGAGAAGGCUUUUGCUGAGGCUUUCCCCGAUAUUGACGCUGUGAGUGUUUCUGAUGACAAUAAGUCGAAGCGCGUGAGUGCUUUUGGAUUCGAGGACGAUUUUAGCGCUGGCUCGCCCUUCCAACAGAGUUUCGAGAAGACCAAGGAGGAGGAUGAGUUCCCACCCAUUGUCGAGGUUCACCACAACGACGAGGAUUCGAGUGACUCUGACGAUGACAAUGAGGAUGCCUUUGUUCAAGCCAAGAGCUCGAUCGCCUCGCCUGACCCCGUCGCCGCCGCAGCCACUCCAGUCCCUGUUGUUCCUGUUGCAGCGGCAACCCCCCAAGUUGAGGACGAUUCCUCGUCACCCUUCUUGUCGGCCGAGUCGUCUGCUGUGACCCCCAACGUGACAGGAUCGACUGCUGCUCCCAUCACAACCCCUGCCGCUUCGGCGCCUUUGUCCUCAGGCACCAAGAAGUUGACGACCGCCGACUUUUCCGAGUUUGAGACGUCGUUUGGAGGAUCUGGAGCGGACGAUUUCGAUUCGGCGUUCAAGGGCGUUGAGUUGGCAGCACCCAAGGUCAGCAGCGGAGCUGGAGGCAACAUGUCAGGAUUUGACGAUGGUUUCGAUUUCAACUCUUCGUUCGAUGAUGCAUUUGGAUCGACACCAUUCUCUGCACCACAGGCACCUGGAUCGAGCACAGGCGCGUUUGGUGCCAGCAUCCCCCCAGCUAGCAACAACCGUCAGGAUUCGUUUGGAGGGUUUGAGAUGAACACGACUGGCAACAACAACAAGGGAGGAGCUGCGAUUGACUUGGAUGAGGCGUUUGGCGGAUUUUCAGUGUCGAGCUCAACACCUGCAGGAGGAGCAGCAGGAGCAGGAGGAGCAAGCAAUGGGUUCGGUAGCAGCGGCUUCGAUGACUUUGAAGCCGAGUUUGCAUCCCCAGCGCCACCAACCUCUCGGCCUGUGCCGUCUGCUCCAGCUACACAGUCUGCAUCAGCACCGACCGGUGAUUCUACUACCACCACAGCCAACAGCGCAUCGACGGGACCAGUACCACCCAAGGUUGACCUUCCUGGAGCAGAUGAGUUGGUGGGCAUGGGCUUUACUCGACAGCAAGCGAACGAUGCUCUUUCACGGUAUGACACUGUGGAGCGGGCAGCCAACUUUUUGCUUGAGGGUGGACAGUAA